UAGAGAUACUCUAAUACCCAAAACUGAAAACUUUUUUUUCUUUGUUGAUAUCUAAUAUUAGUUUGUAAUUUCUAUUUUCAGUUGGUAUCAAACAGAGUUUCGUAUGAGAAUUGGAUGACGGUUUACAAUGGUGAUUUCUAAAACAAAGAGAAGAGUUGUGUUGGGGAAGACAAUGCCAAGUCAUGGGGGUGAUUGGUAGUUGCUGUAGGUGCUGUCCACAGUCCUAUUUAUUUUUACAGCACCAAAUUCAGAGCAAUCAAGCUUUAAAUUUUUUUUUGAAACCACAGCUCUUGAAAUAACCUACAGCUGUACAAGUGCUCUGCAGAGUCAAAUAUUCAAAGCAAUUUUUUAGUGUUUUAUAUAAAAUUCUACAGCAAUAAAAUCUAAAGCCACAGCAAAAAAUCUACAGAUUUUUUUCUACAGUUAAAUUUUUAAAGCUACAACUAUUACAGCAAUAAUGUCGAUUGUCGGUGGAAAUUCCGGUCGGAUAUGUAUAGAGAAUGAAAUAUUAUGAAAUAUUUCUUAUUCAUACAUGGUGAGUAGGAAGGUUGGGUUUUGUACAAUGCCGUUGACUAUAAAGUCCUUUACAUAAAUAGACUUAAACUUGUUUCCUUAAGUGAUCAGGUUGGUUCUACUCACAUGGCGAUGAUAAAAUCGCAAAAUAAAAUGUAAGAAUUAACCUUAUCCUUUUUUAGGAUUCAUGAUCGAUUCUUUGCGUGGAAUUCGGAUCCUAUACAUAAUUGUUAGAUCUCUCUUACAAAGGACAGAAUCCUAUGAUAAAUUAAAUGAGUUAGAAAAUAUUUAAGCAUGUUAGGACUUAUUCAGAUCCAGAUUUGGCAGAAGACUAAAUCAAUUUGACUAGACACGAAAAAUAUAGAUGUAUUAAACAGCUUAUAAAUAGGGCAUGGCUAUGCUUCAGAGGUACACACAACACAGAAUGACGAAAUGGAAUGUGGUCAUGGUGGUAAUGAUUGUGAUGGUUGCUGCAAUGGGAGGAGAAGCAAAGCAAAUACGCCAAAGGACUUGGAUAGGUUGCUUUCGAUAUUGUUCUCGCAAUUGCAGCGAUACCGACGGAAAUUGCUAUGAAGGUUGUAAGAUCAGAUGUGGUGGUCCAACUCCUACAGAAACAAAUUCAAGGUAGAGCUUUCUUUUUCCGAAUUUUUUGUUCUUGUGGAUUUUGGAUUUUUGACUUUUUAGUUACUGAUUGAGGACUGAGGACUUUAUAUUAGGAAGGAGUAAUAUCAGAUACAUUUAUGCAUGAGAAACAUUUUACAGCUAGCAUAAUUUCCUAAGUAUUGCAAUUAUAGUGAGAUCCUUGUACUUCAUCUACCUAUUCUUAAUGUCUUACUUGAUCUUCUAAAUCGUUCUACAUGAAUAAGUGUAUGAAAUCAUACCUAGUUUAGUAGUUUUUUAUAGAUGAUUUGAAACAAUUUCUACGUCGUUUCUGGUUUGGAUGGUAGUAAAAUUUAUCACUAAUUUUCUAAUAUAUUUUAGUUUUAAGUUGGAAGUUUUUUAAGCUCGGUUAUGAUACUGGACUAGAGUUCAGGUUUUCAGUGUAAGAAACUAUAUCUAUUUUACCAUAUCAUCGACAUGGUUACGUUUUUAAAUCAAUUUUUUUUUGUCUGGACCGGCUUUAACCCAAUUUACAUAUAAUCUAAACUGAACACCUCUUUUUUUUCAUUAAUCUCUUAUAUAUUAAAUGAGAAGCAUUGUAAUAAAUGCGUUCAAACUAAACUGGACAUAUGUCACGUGUAGAAGCCUUGUAAUAAAUGCGUUCACACAAAAAUGGACACAUGUCACAUGUAGAGAGUUUUUCACCCAAAUUCUAUAUAAAUAUAUUUACACUAUGUACUUUAAGUUUUUUAAAUAUAAAACUCACAUGCAUGGUUUUUCUUUACGUUAUUUUUACUGUUUAUGAAUAGAGCUGGACAAAUUAUUCAUAAAUUUUGAUUCGAUUCGUUAUCUGUUUUGAUUUGAAUCGAAAAAUCCGGAUAUCCGUUACUCUACGAAGUAAAUCAAAUACUAAAAUACAAUGUUCAUUAAAAAAAGCAAAUCACAAAUAUCAUAUUUAUAGGAACGGAUAUUCAAUUUGAUCCGUUAUAUGUAUAUAUAUACAUAUAUUUAAAGAAUUAUAUAUAAGUUAUAUAUUAUAGUUUAUAUAAAUUUUACAAUAUUUUUGUUUUUAAAUAAUUUCAUUUUAAGAAUUUUAUUUUUCAUGUAUUAUUUUGAAAAUAUCAUUUAAUAUUAAUUAACAGUAUCUUUAUAAAUUUAUCAACCAUCUUUAUAUACUUUUACAUACAUGUACACAUUGAC